GUAAGUAAUAAACUGGUUUGUUCGUGUGUUCUGUUCUUCUGAAUAGAAAAGGGACGAUAAUACAGUAAGUUGGACGAUUAAAUAUGGAGCUGGUAGAUCAUGAAUUUUAUUUCAAGUAGUCGACGGUCUUUUCUAACCUAAUUCCUGUGGUUCAAGUGAGUGUAAAAGUGAAAGUUAACUGAGAAGAGAAGAGAAAAGAAGAGAAGAGAAGAGAGCAACAAAAUGGCUACGAACACGGAACAGGGCGAGGCGGACUACACGUGCCCUGUCUGCUGCGAUAUAUUUACUGAUCCUGUUGUGCUGCUGUGCGGUCACAGCUUCUGUCAGCAUUGUCUGCAGGAGUGGUGGAGACAGAGCAAACUAAGGAUAUGCCCCGUGUGCAAGGAAAUAUUCCCCAUGACUCGGCCGCCACGAAAUCUGGCACUGAGAAACCUGUCGGACUCCUUGAGACAGGAGAGGAGCAGGAGUGCUGGUGGGUCCAAGGAGCUUUGUUCCCUGCACGGUGAGAAGUUCAAACUUUUCUGUCAGAAUGACAAGCAGCCAAUCUGCUUGGUUUGCCGGGAUGCAAAAGCACACAAGGAACACAACUGUGUUCCUAUUAAUGAAGCAGCAGAGGAGUAUAGAGCUAAAAUCCAGCUUCACCUGCUGAAUCUAAAAAGUAAUCGGGGAUCAUUUGAGAAGCAAAAAGAGAACUGGAAUAAAAUUGCCCAUCACAUUCAGAUCCAGGCUCAGCAGACAGAGAAGACCAUCAGAGCAGAGUUUCAGAAACUUUAUCAGUUUCUGCGAGCAGAGGAGGCUGGUCGGAUAAAUGCGUGUCGGAAGGAGGCAAAGCUUAAGAGUGGCCCAGUGAACCUGAAGCUCGUAAACUUAACUGCAGAGAUUUCUGAGCUCAUGAAAAAAAUCAAAACCAUAGAAGAUGAGAUGAAAACAGAUGACCUCUCGUUCAUGCUGAAUGUGAGAACAACUUUGCAGGGAUUUUUGUACAAAGAGCAAGAAACACAGACUCCGACAGGAACACUAAUGGAUGUAGCUAAACACAUCAGUAACCUGCAGUUCUCAGUUUGGAAGAAAAUGGCUGAUAUAGUACAAUACACUCCUGUAACUCUGGAUCCCAACACCAGCUGCAGAAGGCUAGACAUCUCGGAUAACCUCACUAAAUCAAGACAAGGUUAUUAUGAUGAGUCAAUUCCUGAUAUCCCUGAAAGGCUGCAGGGGUCAGACAUUCUUGGAUAUCAAGGUUUUAACUCUGGUAAACAUAGCUGGGAUGUGGAAGUGGAUGGUUAUUGGGCUGUAGGUGUGGCAACUAAAACCAAAGACUAUCGUGAUAAAAAAACAUGUUCAGCAGCAUUCCUCAACAUUAUUGGAAGAGGCUGGAUUGCCACAUAA